UUUUUAAACCUAAGUUGCUGACACCACCAUCGUUCAGGACCGGGCAAGGGCUAGGAGGCCAGAGGGCACGGCAUCGCACAGACCAGACCUCUGACCUGCCUGUUCCUCACCCACCCCCGCGGCCACCAUGUGGAAUAUCUUCAAGAAGAACCAGCAGCCGGAGGCGGCGCCGGCCACCACCACAGCCACCAUGCCCGCUGGGCCCGUGGGCAACUCCACCGAGAGUGAGGGUGCCGGGGGGAGCAAGGAGGACAUGUUUGCCAAGAUAAAGGAGAAAUUCUUCAAUGAGAUGAACAAGAUCCCCCUGCCGCCCUGGGCGCUGAUAGCCAUCACUGUGGUGGCCGGCCUCCUGCUCCUCACCUGCUGCUUCUGCAUCUGCAAGAAGUGCUGCUGCCGGAAGAAGAAGAACAAGAAGGAGAAGGGCAAGGGCGCCAAGAAUGCCAUGAGCAUGAAGGACAUGAAGGGCGGGCAGGACGAUGACGAUGCAGAGACCGGCCUCACCGAGGGGGAGGGGGAGGGCGAGGAGGAGAAGGAGCCGGAGAACCUGGGCAAGCUGCAGUUCUCCCUGGACUACGACUUCCAGGCCAACCAGCUGACCGUCGGCGUGCUGCAGGCCGCAGAACUGCCCGCCCUGGACAUGGGAGGCACCUCAGACCCUUACGUCAAAGUCUUCCUCCUCCCAGACAAGAAGAAGAAAUACGAGACCAAAGUGCAUCGGAAGACGCUGAACCCCGCCUUCAACGAGACCUUCACCUUCAAGGUGCCGUACCAGGAGCUGGGGGGCAAGACCCUGGUGAUGGCCAUCUACGACUUCGACCGCUUCUCCAAGCACGACAUCAUCGGGGAGGUGAAGGUGCCCAUGAACACGGUGGACCUCGGCCAGCCCAUCGAGGAGUGGAGAGACCUGCAGGGCGGCGAGAAGGAGGAGGUGAGAGCAGAGAUGUCCGUCUGCAUCCUCGAGGCCAAGAACCUGAAGAAGAUGGACGUGGGCGGCCUCUCAGACCCCUACGUGAAGAUCCACCUGAUGCAGAACGGCAAGAGGCUCAAGAAGAAGAAGACGACGGUGAAGAAGAAGACGCUGAACCCCUACUUCAACGAGUCCUUCAGCUUCGAGAUCCCCUUUGAGCAGAUCCAGAAAGUCCAGGUGGUGGUCACGGUGCUGGACUACGACAAGCUGGGCAAGAACGAAGCCAUCGGCAAGAUCUUCGUGGGCAGCAACGCCACGGGCACGGAGCUGCGGCACUGGUCCGACAUGCUGGCCAACCCGCGCCGGCCCAUCGCCCAGUGGCACUCGCUGAAGCCCGAGGAGGAGGUGGACGCUCUCCUGGGCAAGAACAAGUAGGAGCAGCGGCCGCCGCGGCCGCACGGCCGGCUCGGACGACAGACCCAGAGCUCUCGAUACCUCAGUUAUGCCCUCGAGGUUCCCCCCUGUGGUCGCGUCCUCGUUCCCCUUCCUUUCCGUCUGUUUAAAGACCGGCUUCCCGCUGGCGGCUCUGAGGAGCCUCCCCAACCAGCGGACGAGGAGCCCGGCUCUUGUCACCGUCCGGGAGCCGCCCGCUGCUGCAUGCCCGUCACCACCAUCGUCAUCGCGGUCCCAUCAGGGUCCCUCGGUCCCAGCCUCGCCCGAGCCUCGCGGGAGUGAGGCCCUCUGGUGGCAGAAAGUCGCGACGUGUCCCGGUUUUUUUGCGUGUUCUGGACCCACACAAUGGCACUUGCUGUGUCCUGGGGGGGAAGGCUGCACAGUGGCCAGCGACGGUGUGCACACGUGUUCACAUGUGGGUGCACACGUAUACACUCAUGUGUGUGAGUGCGUGCAAGGGCAUUGUGCAUGAGUGUGUGUGUGUGUGUGUGCGCGCAUUGUGCACACGUGCGUGUAUGCA